AUGGCUCCAGAAAAGGAAAGAAAUGGUCUCAGCAACUAUGCAUUCACACUUGAAAAGCGUUUCAGUGAUCUACCUGACACGAAACAUGUGGAAGAAACGGACACGUCGUUGGAAGGAGACAGCAACAAGCUAGCAUACUGUGUAACGGAUGUACCUCCAUGGUAUCUGUGCAUCCUCCUAGGAAUCCAGCACUGUUUGACUGCUUUUGGAGGGAUCGUUGCCAUCCCGUUAAUCUUGUCUCAGGGCUUGUGUCUGCAACAUGACGGCCUCACACAAAGCCACCUCAUCAGUACCAUCUUCUUCGUCUCUGGUCUUUGCACUCUGCUGCAAGUGACCUUCGGCAUAAGACUGCCCAUUCUCCAAGGUGGGACUUUCACAUUGCUGUUACCUUCCAUGGCAAUGCUCUCCAUGCCAGAGUGGAAAUGUCCUGCUUGGACGCAAAAUGCAAGCCUGGUCAACACCUCCUCCCCCGAAUUCAUGGACGUGUGGCAGAGUCGCAUGAGAGCACUCCAGGGCUCCAUCAUGGUUGGCUCACUCUUCCAGGUGUUUGUCGGCUUCUCUGGCCUCAUUGGCCUCUUCAUGCGCUUCAUCGGUCCCCUCACCAUCGCUCCCACCAUCGCUCUCAUCGGACUGUCCCUGUUUGACUCAGCUGGUACCAGUGCUGGCUACCACUGGGGAAUCUCUGCAAUGACCACAGCACUGAUCAUCCUGUUCUCACAGUACCUCCGUCACAUCCCCGUGCCCUUUCCCAUGUACAGCAAGGACAAAAAGCUGCACACCUCCCGUGUCUACGUCUUCCAGAUCCUCCCUGUUCUGCUUGGAGUCUCUUUGUCCUGGCUUGUCUGCUACAUUUUGACGAUAUACAACAUUUUCCCUGCUGAUCCUGACGACUACGGUUACAGGGCUCGCACUGAUCUGAAGGGAGACGUUAUGAGCCAAGCCCCAUGGUUCACCUUUCCUUAUCCAGGUCAGUGGGGUGUGCCGACUGUGAGCCUGGCAGGGGUGGUUGGCAUCCUGGCUGGUGUGAUUUCCUCCAUGGUAGAGUCUGUAGGGGACUACCAUGCUUGUGCCAGGCUUUCUGGGGCUCCACCUCCUCCCAAACAUGCAAUCAACAGGGGUAUUGGGAUUGAAGGACUGGGCUGUCUGCUGGCUGGAGCCUGGGGGACAGGGAAUGGUACCACGUCAUACAGCGAGAACGUAGGAGCCCUCGGCAUUACAAAGGUUGGCAGUCGCAUGGUGAUAGUCGCCAGCGGAGUCCUGCUGGUGGUCAUGGGUUUGUUUGGUAAAGUGGGCGCCAUAUUCACCACCAUCCCCUCCCCCGUGGUAGGAGGGAUGUUCCUGGUUAUGUUUGGUGUCAUCGCUGCAGCAGGAGUUUCUAAUCUGCAGUAUGCAGAUAUGAAUUCAUCUCGAAACAUCUUCAUUUUUGGCUUCUCCAUGUUCUCUGGUUUGGUCAUUCCCAACUGGAUAUUGAAAAAUCAAAAGGCUGUGGUUACAGGUGUGGUUGAACUGGACCAGGUGCUGCAGGUUCUUUUGACGACCAGUAUGUUUGUAGGAGGAUUCUUUGGCUUCAUACUGGACAACACAAUACCAGGAUCCAAGCAUGAACGAGGCAUUUUGGCGUGGAACAAGGCCCACGAGGACGACUCCAGCAACACUCUUGAGAGCGGAGAAGUCUACGACCUUCCCUUCGGCUUCAGCUCUUACUCGUCUUCCUCCUGGCUCCGCUACAUACCUUUCUGCCCUCCUGGUGAGUCCACCUCGCUGGAGAGCGCCGCCCUGGAGCCAAAGCAGCCACUGGGACAUCCAGAGCCUCCACAGCUCAUCAUCGGAGUCACUCUCUGAGCAGUGUACUCUCUUCAGAGUGCCAUGAGUAGGAUUUUUCUGAAACUUUACCGUUAGAGGCAGCUUAGUUUGGACCUCCUGUUCAUCUUCAAAGACUCUGUACUGUAGAAACAUGGGCACAGUUUUUCACAUGACACUCUGAGGUGACAUUUGCAAGUGGCAUCUUGCAUUAGAUCUGUCAACACAUGGACUUGUAGUUAGUGUUCAUGGAUUUUUUGUAAAGUAUCAAUGAUAAAAUGCUGACAUUUAUAUACAAUCUUCAAUUCAUUUGCUUUUCUUUCAAGUAAUUUGUAUUCAUAGAGCAACACUGAUCUUUUGGGUGAAAGCUUGAUUUUUAUACUAGUUUUUAUGAUUUUAUUUGCCUUAAAGGUGAGGGUGCUAGAGAGCAAACACUGAAGAGAAAAGAAUACAAGUAAAUCCAACAUGUCAGUGUGCUAACAUGCAAAUCCAAGCUUGUAACCAUGUAUAUACAGUACCUCAUGUUUGAAACAACGUGCCUUUGACAGUCAGUAUUUUUAUGAUUUUGCUCAGUCGAUGCACUUUAUCAAACUGUGGCAACAGUUUGUCUGCAGGACGUUUCACAAAGGCUCCUCAUGUCCUGCAGUUCGACAAGAUGCAUUGUUUCAAAGUGCACUUAUUUUAAAGGAUAUUUAAAAAAAGGUAUUUGAUAUGUGUAUAAUAAACUCCUACAUGGAGCCAGUG